CUCCUCUCCUCCCUCCCACUCUCCCAAUGGAUCUUCUCCUCCUCUCCCCCUUCGAGUCCCUCACUCGCCCCGCCCUCGAGCGUGUCGCCUACUUCGUCGCUACGGACUCCCUCCUUGGUCCCCCCACCGACCUCGUCUCUCUCCUCUGCACCUCUCGCUUUAUCUACAACCACCUAUCUUAUCCCAACAACACCCACCUCUAUGCAGAUAUAUUCCGUUUCAAGUUCGACACCAGUGCCAUCAAGCGUCGUCUCUCAGAUAGGUGGUCCACCACACCCGCCCUCGCACAGGAGCUCCUCAGACGUUGCUCCACCUUGAAGCGCAUCAAGCGUGGAGAGGUCACUCUCCGGCACCAUCGAAAUGACCUCUGGAUGGCUUACCUCAUGCUUCUCGAAAGCGAUGGUCGCAACGAAUGUCAUCUGUUCCACUGGGCGCACCUCCGUACCUGGGUCUGCCGGGUCAUCGCCUUUAGGAUGUACUCUCAAAACGCCAGCUGUGGGUGGUUCACAGAGACAGAGGGUACUUCUUUGGCCACCUGGCUGUUGUGGAUGUCCACCACUCGAGAGGAUCUCACUCGCGAGCAACCCCUCGUAAGAGACGGUCUGCUCCAUCUAAUAAAGCCGUUUUUAGUUCUCGGCCACCAGAAUCCGUCGCUUCAUGCCCCUGAUUCUCACUUCAAUUUGCCGCUGUGUGAUCAUACCAACAUCGCUCCUCACUCCUCUGGCCCUUCCCCAAAAGCCACCAAAAUUAACUAUUAUGGACGUCCCCUCACUCUUUCCGUCCCUUUACUUACCCCGGCUGUAAUUCUCAACUACACUAUCCUCAUCGAAUUUAAGCAAGAUACGAGUCCCUUACAUCCAAGCACAGCCACGCUCCCACUCAAUCGAAACAUUGCAAACUCCGCAGGUUUAGAAGGCCUGACGAUCGAGGAUGUCCACGAGUUUCACUAUGGUACUCGAACGCAACUCUUCGAGAGAUCCCCCUUGCCAGUGCCUGAUAUCGAGGACGAGGACGAAGAUGCUCCUUUGCGCAGCAAACAGCGUGAUAUAGACUGGUAUCGUCUUGUCUCGUGCUACGAUCCAUUCUUGGAAUAUACACCACUCAGUGGACAAGUAUACUCAUUAGGUCUGGCGAGUGGCCAGUGGGACGGCCGUAUAUUGGUUCCUGGUGUCGAAAAUCAUUUUACUGUUCUAAAUAAUCCCCGGGCGCAAAUUAAUUCGGUCCCAAUCAUACACGAACGGUUCUCCUGUUGGUUUGAGGAGCAUCAUUGUAUCGCUCCCGAAGAGCCUGUCAGUUCUUGGGACGACAUAGAUGAUGUGGGAGAUAACGUGCUCAACGCCUGGCUCCCUCGACUGACCACUAUCUCUCACGAU